UCAUCAGCAUUCAACUCUUCAACUUCUCUACUAAUACUUCAUUCUCCACUAGCCUGGCGCUUAUCGUUCUUCACCUCUACUUUCAAAUCACCCAUAUCUUCUAAUCCGCCGAGUUGAUCUCGAUUCUAAAUACACAUAUACAACAUGCACUUCUCACCAGCUCUCGUUCUUGCCCUUGCGGCUGCCGUUUCUGCCCACGGUGUGGUCUCUGAGAUCAAGGGCGCCAAUGGAGUCACCAUGCCGGGCUUGACUAUCCAAGACGGAACUCCUCGCGACUGCUCCUCCAACGGCUGCGGUUCUCAGGCCGACACUGCCAUCAUCAGGGACCGCGAAAUCGCCAGUGGCAAGACUGGUCCUCUUGGUCGUACACAGGGUAACGGCAACGUCGAUGCUGCUGUUAUGGUUGGCGCCUUCAUGGGACAGGGUGCCGCGCCUCCUGCGAACAACGGUGCUUCUGGAAGUGUUGGUGUCGAGGACAACAUCCAGCAGGCUGGCCAGAGGAAGCGUCAAUUCCUCAGUGGUCUUCUUGGUGGAGGCGCUGGUGGUGCUGGAGGUGCUGGCGGCAAGGCCGGUGCUACUGGUAUCGCUGGACUGCUUGGCGGAGGUGGUGACAAGGUCAACGGCCCGCCAGAGUCACGUGUUGCAGCCGCAGUAGGAGCGGGUGCCACAAGCGGUAUGCCCACAUGCGCUGACGACGGUACCGUCACCAUGACUCUGCGCCAGAUCAACCAGGACGGUGCUGGACCAUUUACUGCCGACGUUGAUGGUACCUCAGGCGGUACUGACGAGGCUGCCAUGCAGCCUGCUACUGUCACUCAGGACGUUCCUGGCCUUGGUGUUCAGGGUAUCUCGCUCGCCACCAACACCGAGUUUGCCAUGAAGGUACAGAUGCCUGCUGGUAUGACUUGCGACGCUACUGUCGCUGGUGUCAACAACGUCUGCGUUAUGCGCGUCCGCAACGGUGCUGCCGCGGGUCCCUUCGGUGGAUCUGUUGCUUUCACACAGGGUGCCGCCGCCAGGAAGCGAGCCAUCGCUUACAAGCUCAAGAAGCGCAUGGAGAUUGGCAACAAGAACUAAGGUAGAUGUGAAGGACACUCUACCUCCCUGUUAAUAUAUGGUCUGGCUGGUUCAGCGCCAAUGAUCGAUGAUAGAAAUCGGAUAUAUAUGGAUAAUGAGUAUUGUAGAGUAUAACGAAUCACAAUGAAUGCUUCAUGAGAAAAGAGAUCUGCUUUCUUCGUGCACAAGCCUCUGUGGAGUACUUUGCUGGGAGCCUGGAUCCAGAACCAUAGGCAAAGAAGGCGUGAUGCCGGGUGGUAGCUGGCGUCGGGAUUAGUGGAUUUAAGAGUGGCGGUUUACCGGGAAAAGUGCCGCCAAGGUGAAGGAUCGAAAACCCACUAAGCUAAGCCUAAGGUGGACCAAG